AUGGCUAAGGGCUACUUGGCACUGUCGGCUCACGGGGACUGCACUGAAGGGCUGGACUUUAGAUUACACCAGGCGUUUGGCGGCAGGGGGGUGACUCCACAACGAGGGCAGCAGCAACGAGCAUGCGAGAACGGUGGGUCAGUAGUCGGCGGCGGCGGCCAGUGUCGCGGAUGCGAAGGGGAGGAGGAGGAGCAGGCGUCGUGGAACCGAGCGUCGAAGGCGGAGAGAAGGAGGCAGCGCAAGGCGGCAUCGGCGCCGCCGGCGCCUCCGGCGCCGACAGCAGCGGCGACAGCCGAAGCCGACGGCCUCGCGCCUGCCCCGGGCGCGGAUGCUGCUGCUGUUGCUUCUGCCGUGGAGGAAAUUUCGCCGAACCUUCCGGCGACAACGACGGUAGCUGGUGUCGGUGGUGCUGCUGCUGCAGCAGCGGCGGUACCCCCACCGGCAGCCGCCGCAGCCGGUCAGAGCAAAGCGGGAGGAGGAGGACGCAGCAGGCGUAGACGCAAGAACGCCGCUAAGGCCGCAGCGGCGGCGGCGGCGGCAGCCGCCGCUGCCAACAACGAGGAUGAGGAUGACGACGACGAAGAUUGCGACAUCGAGCAAGCGGCUGGCCUAGCGGGCGCGGGGCCCGGGGUGGCGGCGGACGGGCGCGCGGAAGACAUAUGCGAGGAGGACGACGAGGGAAACGUGGAGUACAAGCUGAAGCUGGUCAACCCGCCGCUCGCCAGGCUGGAGCACCUCUUCACCCAGAUGAACUGGCGGCUGAACGAGGGGAGGGGCGAAUGCAUGUACAUGCUGGGGUAUGAGGACGAUGGAAAGGCUACCGGCAUGUCCCCGUCAGACCUCAGCGCCUCGAUCAAGACCCUAAGGGUCAUGAUGGAAGCCGUGGGAGCAAAGAUCGCCAACAUGCAGGUGCAAGCCGGGGCGGGAGGAGGGAAGCUGAAGGUGGCUAGGGUGACCGUCGUUAGGCGGGCUGCGCUCUUCGACGGCCUCCCGCCAGACUCUGAGAGGAGGGGGCUGAGGCUGGGCGUUCUAGGCCACGCUGGCGCGGGCAAGAGCACUCUCGUCAGCGUCCUCACCAAAGGCAUGAGCGACAACGGAAGGGGGCUCGCGCGCAUGCAGGUCUUCCGGCACAAUCACGAGGUCUUCAACGGCCAGACCAGCAGCAUCUCUCAGCAAGGUGUUUCUGCCAGCAACGGCUUCGCGUCGGCGUGGGCGAGGAAAGGGAACGGGAGCGCCGGCGGUGGCGGCAGUGGUGGUGGCCGGCCGCGGGGGUACAGCGUGGAUGAGAGCGGGCACGGAAAACGUGGACUACGGAAGCGGCUGGACGGUGGUGGGUUGGGGGGCGAGGAGGAGGAUGGCGAGUCGAGGGUGCUCACCUUUAUCGAUCAGCCAGGACACGAAAAGUACCUCAAGACGACUCUGACGGGCAUGACGGCGUCGGCGCUGGACUACUCGAUGCUCGUGGUGUCCGGGGUGGACGGGGUGCAGCGCAUGACGCGGGAGCACCUGGCGAUCGCUCUCGCCUUGCAGCUGCCGAUUUUCGUGGUGAUGACCAAGUCGGACGUGGCCGGAAGCCUUCCCCCGGGGACCCUUUCGUCCCCGCCUACUACCACCACUUCAGAAACGCCUCCAUCUCCAGCCCACGGGCGACGCUCUACCCACGGGCAACCCUCUGCCGAUGCUACCGCUGAGUCAGCGGCGGCGGCGGCGGCGACGGAGAUUAGGGCCGCCCUGCAAGGGAUCGACCGGGUGCUGUGGGCGUGCAUGGGCCGGCGGGCGAGGAUUGUGGGGUGUGUGGAGGACGCAGAGGCAGCCGCGGAUGCGAUCAGGGGAGGCGGGGGCGGCGGAGGUAGCAGUGCGACCGGAGACGUAUCAUGGGAGGCGUCUGUCCCAGUGAUGCAGGUGUCCUCGGUCACAUCCGACGGAAUCGCCGACCUGAGGGCGUUCCUUGGCCGACUGUCGCCGCCCGAGCCACUGGAGGCCAUGUACAAGGAGGCCAGGGGCAAGGCAGCGGAGGUGCGCAUCAGCAACACGUUUAUGGUGGAGGGCGUCGGCGAGGUGUACGCCGGCAACGUGGUGAGCGGCACCGUGUCUGUGGGGGACCGCCUCCUCCUGGGACCCACGGGGCCCCGCGGCGCCUUCGUCCGGACUGCCGUGGCCUCCGUGCACGUCGCCAGGCUGGCGGUGCGGAGGGCAUCGGCGGGUCAGACGGCAUCGUUCACGCUGGUCACCGAUCCCGACACGGACAGCGACGGUGACGAGGAGCAAGAGAGGGGCGGCGGUGGGUUUGUGGCCGUCCACCAUGGAGCGGCGGUGUCGCCCGAGGGGGCGGAAUCAGCGGCGGCGGCGGCGGCGGCCGAGGCCCCGCGGGCGGAAACGAUACAUGGGGGGGCGGGGGGGAGCGAGGAGGAGGAGGAGGAGGAGGAGGAGGAGAAGAAGGGACGAGAGAAGGCGGUGGAAGCGGGGGUUGGGGUGGUGGCUUCGAUACCUGCGAGGAUCGGGGGGGGUUGCGGCGGGGCGGGGAUGAUGGCGUCCGGCGGAACCCCCGCCCCGCUCGUUGAUGGCGGCGGCGGCAGCGGUGGUGUUGGUGGCGUCGGGGAAGCGGAAAGCCCUAGAAGAACCCGGAAAGGGAUGGUGUUAGUGGAGGCUACCGGUCUGCCGAACACGAGCUACGAGUUCGAGGCGGAGGUGAUGGUCCUGCACCACCCGGGGUUUCGAUUCCUGUACCGACCCGAGUACUUGUCCGUGGGCACCACGAUCGUACUUCGGGAGGGAAGGACCCGAGGCUUCGGCAAGAUCAUCUCGGUACACUGAUGCCAAACAGGACCGGCCAACAAAGAGAGAGAGGGGGGGGGGGAGGGGGGGCGUAAUCGUCUCGUGGCUCCUGAUGAGUUUGCUUGGUCCCUCGUGACGGUCGUGUUUUCGCGCGUUGUUUUCGUUUUUUCGUUGGUGUUAGGGGUUUGAGGGUAGUUCCUGAUGGAGCUCUCUUUUGGAUGAGUUUUUCGUUGAUGGUGUCGGGGGUUUGAGGGUACAUACCUGACACGUCUCUUUCGGAUGAGGUUUUGGUUGAUUCGUGGAGGCCUAGGACGAUGCUUGCGGCAAGGUGAUCUCAGAGAGAGAGAGGUGCUUGAUUGGCUAGACGGGUGUUUCCACAUUUUUUGCCACGUUUUUCUUUUCAUGGUUUCCUGGAGGGCGGGGUAGGCCGUCCUUCGGCGGCAACGCGUGUUUCCGGUUUGAUGGUUUUCGUCUUCCCGUCGGUGUACGUUCACACGGAUCGUGCCGAGGCGGGCGGGGGGUUGGGCACGGUGUGUGAAGCAACCUAGGUCCUCGAGACUGGGGUUGUUCUUUGUUGAUAUGCAUCGCUUGGCGUGCCGUGGUGGCGGCACAAGGGGUUCCCGUCAGGGGAGAGCAUAUUUGUCGUGCCCGGUUUUGUGGCGUUACUGUUUUUGUUCCUCUCGUUUAACGACCCCAUUUUUUCGUGAUGAACUAUACACAGACGUGCUUGGCAUGCAGUAAAGCCCCGUCAAUUGCUGUAUACAACGGCAGCACCGAAAUAAUAUGUUAGAAUUCGUUUCAACUGACUUUUCCCCUAUCAUUCGGGUGUGGUCUAGCGGUAGGUAGGGUGGAAACACGGAUAACAAGCGUUUUUGGCACUCCGGAGACUGACCACAAGGUUUGUGAGGAAUCUUGUGUUCCACCUCCGGUUGGGGGCACGCAGAUUGUUCGAAUACCGUACUACCGACUGCUCUUCUAAAAUUGUACCUUGCGAGCGUUGGCUUUUUGUCCUGUGUGGUGCGGGCAUCGUUUGUAGAUGUAGUACUUAUUUGAGCAGGGGUACAUUCAUGUUUCAGAAUUGAUUGAUAGGCUGCGUGCGAUUCGGGGUGGGUAGCGUAAGCAAACACGUAGUCAAUAGGGUUGUAGAAUAUUUGCUUCGUAAAAGUCAGGCAGGGAGGUGCGCACGGGGUCUUGGGUGUUGAGGAAUAUAUCGCCCUCUAGCGUUUGUAGUGGUAUGCGGCUACAUCGGUCUUCUCGUGCCGGAAACGAGGCGGCGGAGUCAUGCGUGUCAUUCAGUUGGAGUCAAUCUGCCGGAUACUUCUUUAUAAGGUCUGAAGUGUGUUUGUCGCGUGCGGGUUCUGAGGGUGAGAAAGCGCAAAACCACCCAUUUUAUUUUUGUAUUGUCUUUGCGCGCUGUGGACAAUGGACGGGCGAGCAGCGUUCGGGGCGGUGUUUUUUUUUUCGGGUGGGCAGGCAAUCUUACAGCGAAAGACUGAAAAAGUAAAUAGUGUAGUUAUGCAUGCAACUGUAGUUACCCGUGGUGCAUGGUUUCUUGUGUUUGUUCGUCCGGGUGGCCAUUUUUUCCGUGCCCGAACGCAGCGGAUGGGCGGGCACUCUUCUUCGUACGAGGCGGAACGUAAAUACUGUAGGUAUACAUAUGCAUGCAAUCGUUCGUUUACAGUCUUCCACAUGGCUUGCCUUGCACACCUACUGUAGUACCUCCAGGCGAGCAUGGACGGGUGCAUCCGAUGUCAGGCACGCACACAUGAGAGAAAGCACUAACGGAGCGCCUGUUUCUUGUUGUUAGGAGGGGGGGGAGAGGGUACUGUAUCUCUGUGUUGUAACCAUUUGUGAAAAGAUCCCUCGCGAUUUCCGCCUUCCAUCCGUUCCUGCCGGCGUGGCACUUGAUAGUGUCACACGCACGUUUCACGUGCAUGGUACAUUUUUUGCAGAUAACUGGCUAUACUACUGUUGCUGUUGCUCAGCAGAGUCUAGAUUGGCAAGAGAAAUCCGGUUACCGCCAGAACGCCUUCACGCUGAACUUCUUCGUGCGGAAAUACACUUCCUUACUUAAGGGACGCCUGACCCAGGAGCAAUGCAACGCUGUUCAU